UCGCGUGCACGGGCCAAACAGUUGACAUAGUGUUGCUUGCGCUCACAGAUUCGUAUCGGGGCUAUAUUGAAAGCGAGCAUCGCAGUUUGCAGCCGUCGGUCGUAGUUGUUGUCGUGGUCGGAAUUGUUGUUGUUAUUGCUGUCAUCGCAGUUGCGUCUCUGCGUGCGUGAGUGAGUGAGUGUGUGUGUGAGCCUGCCUAGAAUCGCUCAAGCGGGAGUUGGCUGUUACUUUGCUCUCAGCCUCCAGCAUACGCUUCGUCCAAGCUUUCGCAAACACAUCAACAGGACCUUCGUCGCUUUACGCAUCCUCUUUUUAAUAUUCCAUAAGCUCGCUACCGAACGCGUGCUAAGAACUUUUCAGCUCGAGUUUGUAUUAAAAACAGCCCCAAAAUUUCGAAAACAUCGAAAAUGGUCUUCGAUUGUGGUGUUUGGUGUGCAAAGUAUUUGCUUUGUAUACUGAAUUUCAUAUUUUUUGUGCUAGGCACAAUUAUAUUCGGAGUUGGACUAUGGCUCGCCGUGGAUAAACACUCGCUGAUUGCUCUGCUGAAGCUCGUCGAGAGCGAACGCAUCGAGCAUUUUACACAGACUCAGGUCAUAGAGCAAAUGGCUUACGUUCUGCUCGUCAUCGGAGCCGUGAUGUUCUUCUUGAGCCUCUUGGGCUAUUUGGGCGCCAUGCGUGAGUCUCGCUGUCUGCUUUCCACGUACGGCACCCUCCUCAUACUGCUGCUGGUCGCCGAGCUGGUGGCCGGCGGCCUGGCCAUCUUCUACAAGGAGCGUGUGCGCAGCGAGAGCAAAAAGUUUCUGCAAACAACAAUCACGACCUACACGCUGGGCGAGAACAUGGAUGCCAGUUCGCUGAUGUGGAACCAGCUGAUGGGCAACUUUGGCUGCUGCGGCGUCAAUGACUAUCGCGACUUUGAUGAGUCGGAGGCGUGGAAGAAUACCAAAGGCAAUCGCACCAUACCCGAUGCCUGCUGCAGGCUGAAGGACGUCGCACAGCUGGUGCCGCGCGACGAGGACUGUGCCACCAAUCCCAGCGAGAGCAACAGUUACUACAUGAAGGGCUGCUAUGAGGUCUUCACUGAGUGGUUGAUACGGCAAAGGGAGCUGAUCAUUGCCGUCAUUGUCACCGGUAUUGCCCACCUGGUGCUGGUCAUACUCGCCUUUGCGCUAUGCAAAGCUUUUGCCAAAUACGACGAUAUGCGUCUGUAAAUUGAGUUCACUGUUAAGACUAGCCAAAAAGAAAGUGAAGAAAAACACACACACAGAUAACAGGACAUUCCAAUUAAACCAAGACAGUGAAUGGAAACCGCUUAAGAGAGUAUUGAACAACAGCAACAACAACCCUAACGAAAAUUGAGUUGUGCUCAAAAACUUUAAAUGCAUUUCCCAGCCCUCACACAAGAAUAGAAAAAAACUUUUACUCUUAAAAAAAGAAAAACAAAAAAAAAAAAGAAAAACAGAGGAAAGCAUAAUGAAAUAAUGAAAGAUAGUUAAACAAAAAUAUUUAAUCACUUUGCUAGAAAUGUUGCUCAGAAAAUAUUGAAAAAUGAAAAACGUUUUAAGGGAAGAUACAAAGAGAAAAAAAUAUUGCUACGCAUAUUUAUUUGUGAAUGAAUCGAAAAAAAAAAACCUGUUUUGAUAGCAGUUUUAGUUCUUAAGUAGUAUUCUACUAUAUACAUAUAUACAUACACACUUACACACACACCUACAUAUAUAUAUGUAACAAUUUUUAGUAAUAUUUCAUUUAAAAAUCAUGUGCAACGCUGACUCUUCGCAGACGAGGCAAACGGCAAAACCACUCAAAUGCAUCACAACAAAUAUUAAAAUAGAAACAAGAAAGCGAAAGCGAAAUAAAAUU